GUGAAGAGAGGGAAGAAAAACUUUCACACACAAACUUUCAUGAUGCGGUUGAUAGUGAUGAAGAUAAACUGUUUGAGAAAACACUGAACUGCACUGCUUUUGCUUUAAAGACUGUGAGAUCUCAUCAUGGGACUGCCGACUGUAGAGUUCAGUGACUCUUUUCUGGACAGUCCGGACUUCAGAGAAAGACUAAAAUGCCAUGAAAUCGAGCUGGACCGAACCAACAAGUUUAUCAAAGACUUGAUAAAAGACGGAAACCAGCUGAUAAACGCGCUCAAGAAUCUCUCUUCAGCUGUGCAGAAGUUCUCUCAGUCUUUACAAGAGUUCCAGUUUGAAUGUAUUGGUGAUGCGGAAACAGAUGAUGAAUUAAACAUCGCUCAGUCCUUUAAAGAGUUUUCCCAGCUGCUUAACACCAUGGAAGAGGAGAGAAGACGGCUGAUACAGAAUGCAGAUGAUGUUUUGAUCACUCCCUUGGAACGAUUCCGGAAAGAGCAGAUCGGAGCAGCAAAAGAGGGAAAGAAGAAAUUUGACAAGGAGACAGAGAAGUAUUAUUCAACACUGGAAAAACAUCUCACCCUGUCAUCCAGAAAAAAAGAAACAGCUCUACAAGAGGCUGAUGCGCAGAUUGAUAAGGACAGACAACUCUUUUUUGAUGCCUCGCUAGAAUACGUCUUCAAAAUUCAGGAAGUCCAAGAGAAGAAGAAAUUUGAGUUUGUUGAGCCGCUUUUGGCCUUUCUGCAGGGCCUGUUCACAUUCUACCACGAGGGAUAUGAACUGGCCCACGAAUUUGAGCCCUACAAACAACAGCUACAGUUCAACCUGCAGAAUACAAGGAACAACUUUUUGAGCACAAAGCAAGAAGUCGAAAAGCUGAUGAGCAGAGUUCGGUCUGCAGAUCAGGACCAGCAGCCCCCGGGCCAGUGGACCAUGGAGGGCUACCUCUACGUACAGGAGAAACGACCUUUGGGUUGCACGUGGACACGCCAUUACUGUACAUACGAUAAGAGCCUUAAAACCUUCAGCAUGUGCAACACGGAGGCGAAGGCCACAAAUAAACAGAAUGGAGUCACAGCGAGUUCUUCAGAGAUGUUCAAACUGAAGUCCUGCAUUAGAAGGAAGACAGACUCCAUUGAUAAACGCUUCUGUUUUGAUAUUGAGGUGGUCGAAAGAAAUGCCACCUAUCGUGGAACUCUUUUCAGACCACUGCAAUUUUUCUGUAAAGUCCGGCAUGGCAUCAUUACGCUGCAGGCGCUGUCUGAAUCCAACAGGAGACUCUGGCUAGAAGCUAUGGAUGGCAAAGAGCCGAUAUACAAUCUUCCUGCUAUUCUAAGUAAAAAAGAAGAGACAUAUUUAAAUGAAGCUGGCUUUAAUUUUGUGAGGAAGUGUAUACAGCUGGUGGAGAUGAGAGCAGGGCUCAGCACUAUGGGUUUGUACAGAGUUGGUGGAAUAAACUCAAAAGUACAGAAGCUCAUGACCACUGUCUUCUCACCCAAAGCAGCUCCAGAUAUGGAUCUUGACCCAGAAACCUGGGACAACAAGACCAUCACCAGCGGCCUGAAAAACUACCUCAGAUGUCUGUCUGAGCCUCUUAUGACAUACAAGCUCCACUCAGACUUUAUUAUGGCAGUCAAAUCUGACGACCAGAACUACAGAGUGUGUAUGAUUCACGCGCUUGUGCAUAAACUACCUGACAAAAACAAAGAGAUGCUGGAGACUUUGAUCAAUCACUUGCUCAAUGUGUCCACUCACAGUGACAGUAAUAUGAUGACUGUGUCUAAUCUGGGUGUGAUCUUCGGCCCCACACUGAUGCGCUCGCAGGAGGAAACUGUUGCUGCGAUGAUGAACAUCAAAUUCCAAAACAUUGUGGUUGAAAUUCUCAUAGAAAAUUUUGACAAGAUAUUUCACCAGGCUCCCGAUCAGAACAUCCCGCUGCCCCAGACUCAGUCUCAGGCCGGGUCACGCAGGACCAAGGCCAUUUGCCUCAUGAGUGGACCACGCAAACCCAAGAGCCUCUACACACCCUCACUGUGCCUGGCAGAUGCAGACAGUGACACGUUCAGCAGUAGUUCAGGCAGCACACCGAUGGGAAGCAUGGACUCUCUCUCUUCACACUCUUCAGAACAGAACAGCUCCUCCAAGACCCACGCUGCACCGCAGCCCAAAAACAAACCUCCCUUCCCCGGUCUGCGGGAGAGCCCUUCCUCUCUCUCGUCAAGUGAGCAGCAGGGUCCCACCUGCACCUACAGUCCAGAGCCCACCUGCAGAGAGGACACUGGGCGAGCGGACGGAGACUCUGAAGAUUCACAAAGUGUAAGCUCAGUCCCAGCAGCUGCCAGAUCUUCACCGGCACCCAAGAAAGCUCCUCACUCAGAAAUAAGACUGAGAUCAGCAAUGCUUAAUCGCUCAAGUGCUCCCUCUCUGAGGUCCUUAUGCAGCAUUGAAGGUCGUAGGAGCUGUGUGGGGUCUGUACCGAGUCUACCAUGCAUGGAGCAUAAAGAUGUCAGCAGAGGCAUUAACUGCCACGAUCUUCCGCCUAAAAUGGUCCUGCGUCGAAAACAGGACAACAACAACUCCAGCAAUGGCUAUCAGCGACCAGGAUCUGUGGUGGCUGCCAGAGCAUUGCUUUUCGAGAACACAUCAGGCUUAAAACCCCCUCCUAUGGGAAGAGAUGCCAAAGCAAUAUAUUCCUGUGAAGCAGAGCACAGCAAUGAGCUGAGUUUCCCCAAGGGGGCGCACUUCUCUAAUGUGUAUUCCUCAGUGGAACCGGGCUGGCUCCAAGCCACGUUUGAGGGAAAAACAGGACUUAUUCCAGAAAACUAUGUGGUCUUCCUUUGAAAACUGCGGCCCAUAAGAGUGAGACCAAGAAGGUCAUGGAACCCAGGGUAACAUCAAUUUCAGAUCAAGUAUUUUUGGAAUAUUUCAAGCAUUGGGGAAUCAAUCAACACUGUACAAAAAUCCAGUAAAACAAAAUAAAUUUUCUUGCACCUGGGGGGCUUGUAAAAAUAUGUAUAAUAUUUUUUUUUCUGCAAAAAUUACAUGUUUUCCAGUAAAUUUGUGAUCUUUUCUUUAAUUUUACAUUAUAAGUGGAAAAUCUGUAAAAACAAAAUCUGUAAAAUUACUUUUUGUUUCACAGUGUAGAUCAUACGCCAUCACACAAUAGCAUUGAAAAUUAGGAGAACUGUAUGAUGCAGCACAUGAAUGUAUAAAUCACAGCUGUAGUUCUCCGUAAAUAUGUUUCAAACUUCACUGGUAGAUGAAGCUGCUGGUUGGAUUCGAACCAAACCCUUUGAGUUUAAUGAUAAACCGAUGUAAAUACACUGAGAUCAAGCCUGCUGUCUGCUGUUAGAAUACUGUAGUCAUGAAAUGGAUUCAGGUUUAAGAAACAUUUUCUUAUUGUUUAUUGCCUUAACGUGAAACUUCAGUUCAGAGCAAUAGUUAUGUGUGCACCUCUUAGACAGCAAUUAAGAAAUGAAUCUAUAUUUUCAGGCCAAAUUCCUAUUUGAAUUGCACAUUCAAUACAAUGUCAAUUGUAAAAGUUAAUUUGAAAAUUUGGUGAGAAUUUUAUAUAAGCCUUCAAGCCCCGUUAGUUUACUAAAAUGCUCAUCAUUCCCAAUUAAAAUCACUCUUUGUUUUCAUACACAGAGGUGAAAAGUACUAAAGUACUUCUUUACAUUGUGAGCCUCUUCAGAUGAUGUAAACAAAGUAACUUCCUGUUUCAGUUUUUUUACAAUACACAAACAUUUGAAGAAAAUUCAACCUACAGAACAUUUAUAACCGAAUCAAUAUGUUAAAGGUCCUGUGUGUAAUUUUGUGGAGGAUGUAACUAAAGAAAUGCAAUAUAAUAUGUCUUCAGGGGUGUAUACAGACCUUACAUAAUGAAGCGUUAUGUUUUUAUGACCUUAGAAAUAGCUAUUUCUACCUAGGCUACAUACACCGCGGGUUACACUUACAUAAAUUUACAUGGAAUUGGCCAUGUUGUUUCUACAGUAGCCCUAAACGGACAAACUGCACUACAGAGCGCGUUUCGUAAAUCCGUUAUCUCCUUCUGCAAAGAAUCGAAAAUGUGACGAAAUCUUAGUCCUGUGCAGCCACCAUAGUUAAGCCUUUAAAAAUCUAGUAUUUUCUUACACAAGUUACAGAAUAAAAAUACUUGAGCAAGUUUAGUAAAAAUACUACUGUUCACCUCUGGAUACACACAGUAUAGUAAAUUAAAAUAGUUUUUGAACGUAGGCUAUACUUUAUUUAUAAAUAUGCUUUAGGUGAGAGGUUGUACUGAGAGGUUGUGCUUGGCAGUUGUAAUAACUAAGAAAGAGGUGCACAGCCUAAAAGUUUGGGAUUCUCUGGCUUUGAGCGUUUUGUAACAAUAGUCUUGGUAUGUUCCGUACAUUCAGGUCUGGGCCAAAUGUAAAAUAAAACUAAUGCUAAUGCUUAAGAGACAAGUGAGUUGUUAUGAAUUAAUUAUACAUUAUACCAUGGUCUGUCUCAGUACUCUAUUCUAAUUGGCCGGAAGGUGUGCAUUAAAACCUUUUAAUGCACGGCUAGUUAUGGAUUAUGCCUGAAUGUUUCAAUCCUUAUCAUUCAGAUUUGGUUCAGUCCACUCACCAGUAUGGUACGUUUUCACUGUUUGUUCGAGGUCCCAUAAAUAUGUGGAAUAAUCCACGUUUCCUCCUCUUCCAAAUGGAGGAACAUACAUAUGUACACACAAAUUGCAUAUAUGUCAUCUGCACCGAUGAAAUCGUAUCUUGAAGCCAAAAUAUAUCUGAUAGAAUCUUAUGCUUAAAUAAAGUGGAAAUCAUGUCAUUUUAAAUGUUUUUUUUUCUUUGAAUGUUAAUAAAUUUGUUA